CCGAGCUAUUCCACCGACCAGUCACGUUACGAAUCAAUGUCUAGCUACGAAGUGUUCUUGAGUUUCAGAGGGCCAGACACGCGCAAUCACUUUGCGGAUUUUCUGUACACCAUGCUGAUUGGUGUUGGGAUUCGCGUCUUUAGAGACGAGGAAGAGCUGUUGAGAGGCAGCGAAAUCUUACCCCAUCUGACGGGGGCGAUACAGCAGUCCAAGAUAUCAAUACCCGUCAUCUCCAAGGAGUACGCGUCCAGCCGGAGCUGUCUCAUGGAAUUGGUGCAAAUGGUGGAGUGCAUGGACAACAAUGAACAGACCAUCAUCCCCAUCUUCUACCAUGUCAACCCGUCGGAUGUACGCAAGUGCACGGGCCCUUUUGAGUUGGCCUUGGAUGAACCCCAGAAGUGCGCUCUCAGUCGGAUUGGAGACUUGAAGGGACACCAUCUCCUCGAAAGAAGUGAAGUGUAUCAUGGCAAAGUCAUUAAGGAAAUUGUCCGUGAAGUUGAGCUGAAGCUGAAGAAGAGGGACCUAAUUGUGCCGAAACAUUUAGUUGGAGUCGAUCCUCAUGUGCAAAAAAUAAAGGCAAAGCUGAAGUUUGACUACCGCAAUGGGCAAGCGGUUAGAAUUGGAAACACACGUGAAAAGGUGUUAAUUUAUGGCAUCCCCGGGGUCGGUAAGGCAGUCCUGGCGAAAUGUGUUUAUAAUGAACUUCAUCAUCUGUACGAUGCCUGUAGCUUUCUUGAAAAGAUUCAAGAAGAAAUUAGAGAUCACGGCAUCGUGUCUGUGCAAAACAGACUAAUUUCCCACCUCCACAAGACAUGUGCCCAACAGUUCGAUUGUUCUGACCAUGCUCUGACAUAUAUUCAGAGCAGAUUUCUCGCCAUGAAGGUCAUUCUUCUCCUUGACGAUGUGAAGGAUCACGAACAGCUCAGCGCAUUAGUCGGAGAGCUUGAUUGGUUUGGCCCAGGGAGCACGGUCAUUGUGACAUCCCGAAGGAAAAACGUCCUUCAAAAAGUCAGUGGUGCAGGAAGUUGUGUCCUUAGAACGAUGAAACAAGAUGAUGCUCUGACAUUAUUCUGUAAGCAUGCUUUUGAAACGGAUUCUCCCCCUGAGAAAUUCAAGCAACUGGCAACAGAUAUCGUUGCUACUACUGACGGGCUUCCUUUAGCUCUCCAGAAGGUAGGUGAAUCUCUGUUCGGACAAAUAAGUAAGAAAGUUUGGACGGAAAAACUGACUGCAUUGGAAGAAGCUCCUGAUAAGAGUGUCCAAGCAGCCUUGGAGAAGAGCUAUGACACCUUAGAAGAAAACGAACAGAAGAUAUUUCUUGAUAUAGCAUGCUUCCUCAAUGGAAAGGACCAGAGAAUCCCGUAUUACAUGUGGGAUGACUGUAAAUUUUUUCCUACUAACUCGAUUAUAUCUCUUCAAGCCAUGUCUUUGGUAGAAAUUGGAGAGGAUCAAAGACUAUGCAUGCAUGAAAUACUGAAGACCUUUGGCCGGGAAAUUGUCAAGAAUGAAAGCAAGGAUGAACCUUGGAGGCGCAGUAGGCUAUGCAACCAUGAAGAAGCAUUGGAUGUACUAAAAAAAAGGAAGGGAACUAAGUCCGUUGAAGCCCUUGGGCUGGAGUUUGCUGACGGAUCUGAAGAGAAUAUCAUUUUUGAAUGUGAUCAAUUUGUUGGUUUACAGAACUUGAGGUUCCUCAAGAUGGAUCAGGCUGAUAUUCGGGGAAACUUUCGGGAUCAUUUUUUGAGUUUAAGGUGGCUUGAUUGGCGAGGGUGCCUUACAAUCAUUAUGGAUCAUUUAAAUCUGAAUUUGCAAAACCUGGUGAUUCUUGAUUUUUCGCGGAGUCAGGUUCACAAAGACUGGAGAGGUUGGGAGCUACUUCAGCAGGUGUGGAAUGAAUUUACUAUCUUCAAACAUUUUUAA